GCGAGGCAGCUUAAACCUUGCGUGGGAGGGAGGGACUACAGCGAAAAUCUUUCCUCCCAAGCAGACGAGGACUCGAGGCUACGUUUUCAGUUUCGUUAAAGGCAUUUAGUCAUCGAUCUAUUAUGAUUCCUCUAUGCAAAGUAUUCUGGCAUGAUGAAGAAUGAAUUCUAAAGAAGGAUGCUGCGGACUCAGAACGCCGUGGGGAAAUAACUGAAGUGAACCAGCGGAAAGAAUCGAAUGGCUUCUGUAGAGCUGCUUUAUAUAGAUAAGGAAGGAAGAGGCAGACAACCCGAUCCUCCCCGCGUCCUUGACUGGGCUUCCAAUCCGGUUCAUGUUCGUAAAGCGAGCAGUUUAGCCGGAGGGGCGCUCUCUAUCUCAGCUCCGGGCUGCAAAGGACUGUGUAAUUCAGCACCAAGGACGGUUCCCCUUAACGGACGUCCGCAUUUUAAACACGGUCACCCUGCGGUGGAGAAGGUCAGAGUGUGCUGCGACGAGGAAUCAGAGACAUCUUUCACCUAUGUCGACGAGAAUGUGAAUUUGCGCCUGCCAAGCCCUGGGAAAAGUGGGGAAAGUAUCCACAAAUCCUGGUGCAGGCCUAAUGACUGUGCGAGCGACAUUCGGCCCGAGGGGUUGCAUGAGCUCUCCCUAAUGUCAGAUGAUGAUCUCACAUCAGAAAGUUCGGGGGCAUCUGUAGAUUACGGUUUUAUAAGCGCGGUCACUUUCCUAGUCACUGGGAUCUCGUUAGUGAUUAUAUCCUAUGCAGUCCCUCGCGAGGUCAAAGUGGACCCGGAGAGCGUGUCCGCGAGGGAGAUGGAGAGGCUGGAAAUCGAAAGUGCCAGGGUAGGGGCACACCUGGAUAGGUGCGUGAUAGCAGGGCUUUGUCUACUGACGCUGGGCGGGGUAGUGCUGUCCACUCUGCUAAUGAUAUCUAUGUGGCAGGGAGAGAUGUACAGGAGAAAGGCCUUUGCAUAUUCCAAGCACUCAGCGAAACUAUAUGGCUCCAUCAUUUUAAAAACGAGGUCUAGCCCUAGUCGAUCGUCCGCACACCUGUCUAUGAAGGAAGAGAUAGACGAGACCUUGAAUUAAAAUGAUAUCCGGUGUUACUAAGCCAGGCCAACACAAUAAUGCAUGAUGUAGGUUCUCCAGACCCAAAGCGUGCAACCGGAACACAUCAGUCGGUCUACCUACAGUUACAUUAGCAUAACUGUUAAAAUGUUCAUUUGUUUUAAUAUCCAAGAUUAUGAAGUAUACAUUGUCUUACAGUAUCAUCUCCAUAUCAUUUAAUGGACGUGCAAGGUAUAGGCCUAUUUAAGCAGAAUGAAUAAGCAUGACAACAAAAAUAAAAAAUAAAAACAUAAUUAUUUUUUUUUUACUUGUUUUUGGAAAUGGAAAAUGCUGGCUCACAUUUUUUCAUAAAUGCAAUCUCUGAGAGGUUUCAUUUAUUAUUAAGGUGAUCCAUUUUUUAUGUGAAAGUGCCCGACAGUCAGUAAUGUGAUGCACACACGCAUUUUAGAGGGAAAAGUGUCUGUCCCAUGAGUUUAGAAAGUGAGAUGUAUUAACCUAGUCUAGUGCACUAUAGACGAGACCUAUAUGUCAAAAUCUGCUCAGUGGUGCACAUGCUAACAUCCAAUGGCCUUUUUUACUUCCUCAAUGCAGGUGAGCCUAAUUCUCACUGUGGUUUCUCACUGUGUGUGUACGGAGGGGGGCCACAUAAUCACACAUGAAAGACUUGCCCCAGUUUAUACAGCUGUCCUGCCCUGUAUUGUACUGCACUGUAUUGUACUGCACUGUAUUGUACUGCACUGUGUUGCACUGUACACGUCAAAUAACCUACUUCUAAUGUACUGUACCUGCAGUAUAUGCAAUUAUCAUACUUGAAUGAUCACGCAACACGAGAACACACUGGAUCACAAUAUAACAAUGUAAUGAAUCUUUAAGAGAAAUAGUAUUUUAUUUAUAGGCUAGGCCUACGCCACCAAUGUUUUUAUUAUAGGCUGCUAAUGGACGUACAUCCUACGACACUCUAAACCGUAUUGUAUUCCCCCGUGGAGUCUCAGAUAUGCCUUUAAAAUGUUACUGGAAAAGGGAUCUGUUUCUUUUAACAAACCAGAAACGAUGGGUGCAACAAAAACAGGAAAUGUUCUAUUCAGUUCAUAGAACUGUUGGUUGAGAAUGACUUUCUCCAUGGUGAAGUGAGACACAUCACCACUGUCAUUUGCGACCGUCUCUGUGUUGUCGGCCUACUACUGUAGCCUUUGAGUCAAGAGGCGUCAAAGGGGACUUGUUACCUUGAAAAUGGUUCCAUGAUUUCAAUUCUUCCAAAGCCUUUAUUCACAAUCACAAGUGCUUGCCUCGAGGGGAAAUAUGCAUGUUGGAUAUCACUAGAAACAGCUCAUUCAUGUUGUCAUUUUGUGGGGCAAAUUCAUGUUGUCAUUUUGUGGGGCAAAUUCAUGUUGUUGGCUAUUAAUUAUACUCGUCAUGUGUUUUCCACUCUACUGUUCGAUCAGGCAUAUACGGUAAUGGAAUAAAAUAUACACCCCAAGAAU